AUGGCACAUCCUCAAAACACAGCAGCUCGGUCGAAGAAGUGUGACAUAUGUCAAGAACGAGCUGGCGCGUUGUCAUGCACUGGCUGUGAGCAAGUCUUCUGCAAACAUGACAUGAUUCAACAUCGACAACAGCUCUCACGUGAACUCGAUCUCGUUAUGCGCGAACAUAAUGAUCUCGACAAACGAAUUCAACAUAAGAUGACAGGUGAUCAGGGUGGACAUCGAAAGCUGCUCGAUCAGAUCAACGAGUGGGAAAAGUCAGUCAUCGAUAAGAUCGAAGAUGCUGCUCAACAAGCACGUAAACAAGUGUAUUUUCUUCUUGACCAACCAGCUCAUCGUCUCAGACAAAUCACCAAUGACAUUGAACCUAUAAUGAAAGCGGAAGACUAUGUUGAGACAGACAUCGAGUAUUGGAGUAAUCAAGUGAAGAAACUGAGUAAAGAGAUUGAGAUGAGUGACUCGACGAACAUUGUGAUUGAGACUGCACAAGUUGAUUGGACAUCGUUGAUCAAGGUGCAAGAGAUAUUGCCAGUGAAUAUGAGCAAAACACUUGAUUAUGGACGAUUGAGAAAUGAAGCAUCGAAGGUGAUCAAAGACGAGAGAGAUGCAUUUAUUGAUGAAAAACGUCGAUUAGAAUCCCGUAUUGCACAAUUGGAAGAAGAACUUGAAGACGAACAAACAAAUUCUGAGUUGAAUCUUGAUAAACAUAAAAAAUCGGCAUUACAUGUUGAACAAUUGAUGCUCGAUUUCGCUGCAGAAAAGUCAAAUAAUCAAAAAGCGGAAGCUGUUCGUGCUAAUCUUGAGCGUCAAAAUCGUGAAUUACGUGAAAAAUUGGAAGAAUUUGAAGAAUUUAGUAAAGGAAAAUCAAAAGCUUUAUUGGGUGCACUUGUAGCCAAAGUACAUACAUUGGAAGAACAACUGGAUGUUGAAGUCAGAGAAAAACAAAAAUUUACUCGAAGUAUGAGAUCGAUUGAAAAACGUCUUCGUGAAGCGGUUUCUAUAGCAGAAGAAUCCAAAAAACAAGCAGAUACAUAUAAAGAACAAGCUGAAAAAGCGAAUGCACGUAUUCGCGCCAUGAAACGUGCACUAGACGAUUUAGAAGAAGAAGUUAGUCAAUUCAAUGGACGUUUACGUAAAGCACAACGUGAGAAAGAUGAGCUUGAUGAAAUAGUUACUGUUCAAAGUUCUCAAACAAAAACACGUGUAUUUAAUGCGAUACCAGACAGUCCAUCGUAUAUUAAAACACACAUCACAAAAUAUUAUAGUGAAAUAUCUGAUGAUGAUUUACAAUCAGAAGCAACAAAUGCCAGUGUAUCAGAAACAUUAAAUGGUGGACGAAGUAGUGCAGGUGGAAUGGUUGAUAAUAACAGUUUUCACAGCGGUCAUCAUUAA